AUGGCAUCCCCGUUCCCGGUGGCAUUGCCCGUGUCCCAGACACGGGCUCACAACGACUCACCCUCAAUCCUCAUGAAGGUCACCACAGAGACUGCGCGCAAAAAUCAAAAGAUCUUGCCAAAGGACGGAGAGCCCAACAUCCUCAUCACUUCAGCGCUUCCAUACGUCAACAACGUCCCACAUCUUGGCAACAUCAUCGGUUCCACAUUGAGCGCUGAUGUCUUUGCGCGUUACUCGAGAUCAAGGAAUCGCAACACGCUCUACAUCUGCGGUACCGACGAGUACGGAACUGCCACCGAGACCAAGGCGUUGGAGGAUGGCGUGACACCACAGCAGCUCUGCGACAAGUACCAUGCGCUCCAUGCCGAAGUCUACGAGUGGUUCCAGAUCGGCUUCGACCACUUUGGGCGCACCACCACCCCCAAGCAGACCGAGAUCGCACAGGACGUAUUUUUGAAGCUGCACAAGAACGGAUACCUCGAAGAGCGCACCAUGACCCAGCUCUUUUGCCAAAACUGCGUCCGCUUCCUCGCCGAUCGAUACGUGGAGGGAGAGUGUCCGCGGUGUGGAUACGACGAUGCUCGCGGCGACCAGUGCGACAAGUGUGGACAGCUAUACGACGCCGUCGAGCUCGUAAAGCCUCGCUGCAAGCUUUGCUCUUCGCCGCCUAUCCAGAAGGACUCUACGCACAUGUUCAUCCGAAUCGACCAGCUGCAGCCCUUGACCGAAAAGUGGGCCAAGGAGCAGGCGCAGAAGGGAGGCUGGACCUCCAACGGCAAGCUCAUCACCGAGAGCUGGUUCAAGGAGGGUCUCAGGCCCUUCAGUCUGACGCGCGAUCUCAAGUGGGGUGUGCCCGUCCCAAUCAAGGGCAUGGAGGAUAAGGUGCUGUACGUCUGGUUCGAUGCUCCGAUUGGAUACCCCAGCAUCACCGCCAACUAUACAGACGACUGGGAAAAGUGGUGGAAGAACCCGGACAACGUCAAGCUGUACCAGUUCAUGGGCAAGGACAACGUCCGUUUCCACACGGUCAUCUUCCCCUCAUGCCUCAUCGGAAGCAAGGACCCCUACACGCUCCUCCACCACAUCAACACCACCGAAUAUCUCCAGUACGAAGGCGGCAAGUUCUCCAAGUCGAGAAAUAUCGGUGUCUUUGGUGACAAGGCGCGCGAUCUGGGUCUGUCCGCCUCGGUCUGGCGAUACUACUUGCUGGCCAACCGCCCCGAAACGGCCGACAGCCAGUUCGCGUGGCGCGACUUUAUCGCACGCAACAACUCGGAGCUGCUGGCCAACCUGGGCAACUUUUGCAAUCGUGUGCUCACCUUCAUGAAGAAGUACGACUAUGUCAUUCCCGCCAUCCCCGCCGACUCGGAGCUGCUCAGCUACAAGGAGGGUGCCGUCAAGGCGGCUGCUGAAGGUGCGGACGAUGCGUCGUCCAGCGUUAUCUCGCGCUUUGCUCGCGACGUCAACGCUAUCCUAGGUCAGUACACAUUGGCCAUGGAGGCUGUCAAGAUUCGCUCGGGUCUUCAGCACAUGAUGGCCCUGUCUGCGCGCGGCAACCUGUUUUUGGUCGAGUCGCACUUUGACAACACGCUCUUCACCGAGUCUCGCGCCCGCUGCGACGAAGUCAUGAUUGUGGCGCUCAACCUGAUCUGGCUUCUGUCGGCGCUGAUCCACCCUUUCAUGCCCGAGACGUCCGAUGCGAUCCUCAAGCAGCUCGAUGCGCCUCCUCGUGCCAUUCCCGAGGAUGACAAGUUCUACAUUGACCUGCUUCCCGGCCAUAAGAUCGGCAAAGCCGCGCACCUGUUCAAGCAGAUUGACCCCAAGCAGGAGGACAUCUGGCGUGUGCAGUUCGGCGGUUCGGGAGACGGCAAGAAGAAGGAGGAGGUGGAGGAGAAGCCGCAGCUGAGCAAGAAGCAGGCCAUGAAGAUGGCCAAAGCAGCCAAAAAGCAAGCGGAAGCUGCCAAGCCCCAGGUGAAGAACAAGACGCCGGAACUCAUCGAGCUUGAGGGCAAGGUCGCGGCCGAGGGCGAACAGCUCAAACAGCUCAAGGAGGGAGUUAAGAAGGCAAGCGAGGCAGAGGACAAGGCCAAGCUGGAGAAGGAGGUCGAGGCGCAGCUCUCGAGCUACCUCGUGUUGAAAAAGCAGAUGGAGGAGUUGACGGCGCAGCUGGCCAAGUUGGAGGUCGAGGCGGAGGGUGCGGCUGCCCCCGGUGCGCAGUGA